AUGAGGAUAUCUCACCUCGUCGUGGGCUUGGUCGCCGGCGCGAGGAUAGUGGCCGCGAAUAACUCUACCGUUGCCUAUCCGUCAUGUGCAGUUCAAUGCGUUCUUGAAGCCCUCCCGAAAUCAUCCUGUCCUGGUCUGGACCAGGCAUGCCUGUGCAAUGACACCGAGUUCACAAAACACUUGGCGCCAUGCCUGAAGGACAGUUGUUCAACCGCAGAACGAAUUAAUAUGGCCAAGUCAUCGGCCGGCGCCUGUGGAGUAAAAGUCUCUGAUGAUCGAGCCUUGCCUCGAUUUCUCACUGGCAUACUGUUCAUUCUCCCAACUGCAUUCAUCGGCAUCAGGAUAGCCAAUAAGAUCAUGAAUCCGUCAAUUUGGGGCGCGGAUGAUAUUACUGCGGUCCUAGGCUACAUCUGCACUCUGCCUUUAGUACCUAUUAUCUACAGAUCAUUGGACAUUGGGUUAGGAGAUGCAGUAUGGAACGUUGAGCCAAGCGCAGUAACCGAGUUUUUCAAAAUGCUUUUCGCCUCGCAGGUUCUGUAUUUAACUGGACUCAUGGUUAUCAAAGCAUCGAUUCUGUUCUUCUUCCUCCGAAUAUUCCCGGCGCCCGGGGUCCGAAAGAUACUCUGGGCUACUCAGGCCGUCAACUUUGUUGUCGGUCUUGUUUAUGUCUCUCUUACCUUUGCGCAGUGCCGGCCACUCUCAAUGUACUGGACAGGUUGGGACAAGGACCACUCUCAAGUGUGUUUCGACUUCAACAAAUUGAUUCUUACACACGCUUCAAUCAACAUCGCCAUGGACGUUUGGAUGCUCAUCCUACCUUUGACGCAGCUCUACAAGCUCAACUUGGUCCUGCGUAAGAAGGUUGGAGUAAUGCUUAUGUUCAGUGUUGGACUAUUUCUUGCCGCUGUUAGUGCCAUUCGCAUUCAUACAAUGGUUCGUUUCAUGAAGGCGAGCAACGUAACUUCUGAAGCACUCUGGGUUUACGUUUGGACUUUCACGGAACUUUGCGUUGGUGUGUUUGUCGCUUGCUUGCCGAGUGCGGGCCACCUCUGGAGAACGCUGUUUGUCAAGCCAGAGACUACCACCUUCCACGAAUCAAAGUCUCGACGACAGUCUUCUUAUGCUUCGGAAGCAGCAUUGUUUCCUUCAAAUAAGCAGGGAGACAAUUCUGUAGGCUCGGUCAAGGAGGUGUCAGUACGUGGAGUUCCUCAGACCCCUCCGUCGCCUCAUUCAAUGGUUUAA